GCUAAAAGGUGGUGCUUUACGAAAAGUUCUCUUUUAUUAUUUUCUCUGUAUAUUGACAGCCUGCUCGUGGUUCGCCGAGCCGAUGGAUGAAAGUGGGUCGUAUCCUCCAAUUGAACCAUCCAAUUUCGACCUUAUAGUGGUCGGCACCGGUCUGCCGGAGUCCAUACUAGCCGCCGCUGCCUCCGCCGCUGGAAAAUCAGUCCUUCACCUCGACCCUAACCCUUCAUACGGUAGCCACUAUGCUUCUUUUCCCCUUCACGAAUUCGUAUCAUAUAUCCAAUCUCAAUCCUCCUCCGAACCCUCAAUUCCACAACCUGACACCGCUUCGGGAUUCACCCGACUUCCUCUAACCACCCGCGCGCUCUACUCCUUUAUAGAAAUCACCUCUUACUCCUCGGAACCCUUGGAACAAUCUCGAAAGUUUAACAUUGAUUUGAGUGGGCCCAGGGUUUUGUUGUGUGCUGAUGCUAUGAUUAAUUUAAUUUUGAAGUCGGAGGUGAAUCAGUACAUGGAGUUCAAGAGCAUUGACGGGAGUUUUUUCUACGACGGUGAGGGCAAUUUGGAGAAUGUACCUGAUUCACGUAGCGCAAUAUUCAAGGACCGGAAACUAAGCUUUACUGAGAAGACUCAGUUGAUGGAAUUCUUCAAGCUGGUGCAAGGGCAUUUUGAAGCAGCAGCCGCUGCUUAUGGUGGGGAGAGGAAGAGCAUUUCAGAGGAGGAUUUAGAGAGUCCGUUUGUGGAGUUUUUAAGCAAAAUGGGGCUUUCUUCUAAGCUAAAAUCG